CCUCCCUACCCCAAUAGGAUCUGGUGGAGGAAGAGUCAGGCAAACACAAGCACGCACACAGCACUGGGAGACCAGAACUUCUGGCUGGCUCUCUGCUGCCACAGCUCCACUGAGGGUGGGGGGAGGCAGUCUCGCCUCGCCGGAGACAAACCCGAGCUGAGAGGAGAGGCAGGUGGUUCAGGUGUGUCGCCUGGAUCAUGAGGUCAUCCCUCUGCUGGCUCCUCACACUUCUCCUCAUCUUGGCCACAGAGGCCCAAGGCCAGCCAACAAGACGACCGAGACCCAGACCGAGGCCUCGGCCCAGACCCAGACUCAGACCCACACCCAGCUUUCCACAGCCCGAUGAGCCAACGGAGCCUACAGACCUGCCUCCCCCACUCCCCCCAGGCCCCCCGUCGGUCUUUCCUGACUGUCCCCGGGAGUGCUACUGCCCCCCUGACUUCCCGUCCGCCCUCUACUGUGACAGCCGCAACCUCCGAAAGGUCCCUGUCAUCCCAUCCCGCAUCCAUUACCUCUAUCUCCAGAACAACUUCAUCACUGAGCUCCCGGUGGAGUCCUUCAAGAAUGCCACGGGCCUGAGGUGGAUCAACCUGGACAACAACCGGAUUCGAAAGGUGGACCAGAGGGUGCUGGAGAAACUCCCCAGCCUGGUGUUCCUCUACAUGGAGAAGAACCAGCUCGAAGAGGUGCCCGCGGCCCUGCCCCGGAACUUGGAGCAGCUGAGGCUAAGCCAGAACCAGAUCUCCAGGAUCCCGCCCGGGGUCUUCAGCAAGCUGGAGAACCUGCUGCUGCUGGACCUGCAGCACAACAAGCUGAGUGACGGCGUCUUCAAGCCCGACACCUUUCAGGGCCUCAAGAACCUCAUGCAGCUCAACCUGGCCCACAACACCUUGAGGAAGAUGCCCCCUAAGGUUCCCUCCGCCAUCCACCAGCUCUACCUGGACAGCAACAGAAUCGAGGCCAUCCCCAGUGGGUACUUCAAGGGCUUCCCCAACCUGGCCUUCAUCCGCCUCAACUACAACCAGCUCUCGGACCGGGGCCUCCCCAAGAACUCGUUCAACAUCUCCAACCUGCUGGUGCUGCACCUGUCUCACAACAGGAUCAGCAGCGUGCCCGCCAUCAGCAGCAGGCUGGAGCACCUGUACCUCAACAACAACAGCAUCGAGAAAAUCAAUGGGACCCAAAUUUGCCCCAACAAUAUAGUUGCCUUCCAUGACUUCUCCUCGGAUCUGGAGCACGUGCCGCACCUCCGCUACCUGCGGCUGGAUGGGAACUACCUGAAGCCGCCCAUCCCGCUGGACCUCAUGAUGUGCUUCCGCCUGCUGCAGUCCGUGGUCAUCUAGGCCCUUCUGUGCCCCUGGAGCUCCUCCGGCCGCGCUGAACGUGGAGGCCCAGGCGCCCGUGCCCACAGCUUGUUUGCUCUGUCUCCUUUUCUUGCUCCCAGCUCUGCCCUUCUUAUCCCACCUUCCCGAGUCAGGGACAAGCCACAUACUCUGCUGCCCCUGCAGCUUCUAGAACAAGAUUUCCAAAGGCUUGAUUUGGUCCACCCAGUUCAAAGACACCUGCUGUGCACCCCAACUUCUGGUCCCAGAAGCACAGGUGUAUGUCUAAAGACAUCCCACUCUCUUCCUCCCUCAUCACUCCUGGGUUAGCCCGGGCCAUGGAUGGAAAUCUGGUUCUCGUCCUGGCCAAAGCAAGCAGAGCAUGGUCAGGGGCAGCCUAGACGUGAAGUUUGGAAAGUCCUGCUGGAAACUCCUCUAUUGUGGGCAGCUCUGACCCAAACAGACUGAGGAACUCAGGUCUCCUGGGUCAAGGAUCCCAUCUUCCAAAACUGCUGCUGCCCUGCCCCAUUCACAGGCACCAGACAGGCACCUGCCCUCUGCCAGCCUGGGUUCUGGAAAGGAGAUGCAAGGGAACGGCUGAAGAAGGAUGCAGGCUCAGAGAUGGGCACAGGGACCUGCUGCUCCUUCAUAGGGUGAGAGGGGCCCUUCUCGGCACACAGCCUCCUGGCUGAGCCUCUGUGCCAACAGUUAGAGCAGGGAGGAGCAUUCCAGGAGGAGAGUGGCACAAAAACCCAGGGACCAGCCAGUGGGAGAGGCUGGGAGUCAGAACCCACGAUGGCCCGUGUGGGUGCGGAUGGCCCCUUGGCCGCUGGACAAGAGGCCCAAUGCCUGAGGAGCAGCACGGAGAGGGUACAGAGCCAGCAACACCGCCCUGCCCUGCCGUGGGCUCUCUGCUUCUCCGUUGCUGGGGAGCGGCUCCUGAGGAACUGCUCAGAGAAGGGGUGGGGAGCCGGAAAUCUCCCAGAGCCCUCUUCUGCUUGUGCAGCGGCCUCCCCUCUCAGCCAGGCACAGCAGUGACAUCUGGUGGCUGAUACUGCCCACAGCUGGUCCUGUGUCAUCUUUCGGGGUGAUUUGCCAAGGUCAGGAGUUGGCCUCUAGUUCCCACUUGAAAAGCUGUGGGCGACACGUGUGGUCUCUGUCCUCUGGGCUCUAUAGGGCACUCGGGUAUAGAGGCACCAAGAUAGGGGACCUGGUUCCCAUAUGAGUGAACCCAAGAGGGAAGCUUCAGGAACCCAGAAGAGGAUAUGGCUUGUUCCCCUCUGCCCUCUCACCUUGCGGGUCC